AUGGCGCAGAUCUUAUACAAUUCGCUCAGACAGAGAAAGGCUCUGGUUCUAUGGUGUCUCAUUAUUUUAGCGGAGUACAUGGUGGCAUCGAACUGCCUCCUGGUCGGCUCUCGCCAAACGUUUGCAUUUGCUCGUGAUGGGGCUCUCCCUUUUUCACGGUAUUUGUACCGGAUCAAUCACUACACAAAAACACCCGUCAAUACAGUUUGGUUCGACACCAUCUGUGUUCUGGCAAUUGGACUUUUGUCGUUCGUGAGCACCGAAGCCAUCGAUGCAGUAUUCACAAUCGCUGUCACCGCAUCGUACGUCGCUUACAUAACGCCGAUCACAACCCGCUUUGCGUUCAAGAAUAAUUUUAAACCCGGCCCAUUUCAUCUCGGGAAAUUGAGCUUUCCAGUCACUGCGAUCGCUGUAGUGUGGAUGGUCUUCAUGAUCAUUGUUUUCUUCUUUCCUGCGAGCCCGCAAACGACAACACAGCAAAUGAACUAUACAGUUGUGGUACUUGGAGGGGUCAUAUUUCUGUCGAUUUCCUGGUAUAAUUGUCCGGUGUACAGAGGUGUGCAUUGGUUCACUGGACUCAUAUCCAACUUUACACCAGCCAUCAGAGGUGAAAACAAAGACGAGGAUUCGAUGUCGGAGAAGAAGGGACAACAUAAUGAAGAUCUCUUUGUUUCAGCGGUGGAUGUAUAA